AUGCAGUUAGAAAGAAAGAGAUUCGCUCUCUCAUUAGGAACCCUCCGUAACAGUGGUCUAUCGUGUGAAUUACAGUUCGCUCCUGGUACACUGACCCAUCAAGACGAUGAUCGUGACACACUUCUGCAUAUUGUUAUUUCUCAUCACGACCUCGCAAAGAUCUACUCCCUGGUUGAACAACAGUUGAAACUUGAGUGCCUCGAGGAACGCCGACCUUUUGACGUGCCAAACCGCUACAAUGAAACACCAUUGUUUCUUGCAGUGCAGCAACAGCUGAAAGAGGUGGUUGCGUACUUGCUUGAAGUUGGAGCAGAUCCGAAUGUGCAGUCAAUUCUUUGUGGUGAUCGAAAACUCCGUAUCAACGAGUUGAACGGCCGCGGUCAAACUGCUCUUCACUGUGCCAUAAUCAAUCAUGGCGUUAUUGAUGAACGGUCGCAGAACGUCGUUGACAGUCGCAGCAUAAUUGUCACACUUCUAGAGGCUGGAGCAGACCCAACACUUGUGGUACGUUAUGCAUGCGAGUUGAGCGAAUUUUGA